GCGGCGAGUAAGAUGGAAGAUGAGGAGGUCGCUGAGAGCUGGGAGGAGGCGGCAGACAGCGGGGAAAUAGACAGACGGUUGGAAAAAAACCUGAAGAUCACACAAAAGGAGAGCAGGAAAUCCAAAUCUCCUCCCAAAGUGCCCAUUGUGAUUCAGGACGAUAGCCUUCCCACGGGCCCCCCUCCACAGAUCCGCAUCCUCAAGAGGCCCACCAGCAACGGUGUGGUCAGCAGCCCCAAUUCCACCAGCAGGCCUGCCUUUCCUGUCAAGUCCUUAGCACAGCGAGAGGCAGAGUACGCCGAGGCCCGGAAACGGAUCCUGGGCAGCGCCAGUCCUGAGGAGGAGCAGGAGAAACCCAUCCUCGACAGGCCAACCAGAAUCUCCCAACCUGAAGACAGCAGGCAGCCCAAUAAUGUGAUCAGACAGCCGUUGGGUCCUGAUGGGUCACAAGGCUUCAAACAGCGCAGAUAAAUGCGGACAAGGAAAGGAUGCCACUGCUGUCGCCGCCUUUUGGGUCGUCCGCCACGGGUCGCACUGCCGUAGCAGACAGCUGGACUUGAGCAGAGGGAACGACCUGACUUACUUGCACUGUGAUCCCCUCUGCUCCGCCCACUGUGACCUUGAACCCCAUGCACUGUGACCGCCUUCCUUCUCCCCCUUCCCACUGUGAUUGGCACGUCUAUAAGGGCUGUCCCAAGUCAAUGGAAAGGGAAAGGGUUGGGGUGAGGGGAGUUGGGGGUUGGAGGGACCCAUCAAGGACUCAGAGUAGAGAGUCAGACAGUGCCAUUUGGCCACUUGGGGUAAAGCCAGUGCCAGCAAUAACAGUUUAUCAUGCUCAUUAAUUUGGGAUAUCAGAACACAAUUGAGAACUCCUACCUACCUAUCUACCCACCCCAAAGUGCAUGUCUUCACUUAGAAGCAAGUCCUAUUCUGAAAAAAAAUACCCUUUCUUCUUUUUAUUUCUUCUUCCUAUUUUCCUAUUUUGUUUGUUUAUACAAAUAUCUGAUUUGCAAAGAAAUGUGCAUGGGAGGGGAUUUAGCAGUUUAAUGAAUUUUUAAUUGAAAAGGAUAGUUUGAUAGUCUACUUUAAGAUGUUUCUGGGAAAGUCACUAGAAACAUUAACCAA